CUUUCCAGGGCCAGCAAGAGUUGGGAGCCCAGGUGCCCCAACAGUGGAAAGAGCCUUCCUGUCUGGAACCUCAGGGGAUGCUGGGCCGCAUGAUGAGGCCAUUCCGAGCCAGUCUGAACCCCGCAGGGGAUGUGGAGUUGUCGCAGUACUUGGCAGGAUGGAGGGAACUAGUCAAGCUCCUAACUCCCUUGGGCUCCAUCUUCACCUUCGCCACAAGCGAGGCCUCCACCAAGGUGACGGCCCUCGAGGCUCGGCUGCGCGGCCCAGACGCAGAGCACUACACUUCGCUGGCGGCCAUGGUGGCGUGGGAGCGGCGGGCCGGCCUGCUGCAGCGGCCCGGGGCCGUCCCCCGGGACUCGGCCCGGCCCUCGGGCUCACGCACGCUGCUCUUGCUGCACCGCGCGCUGCGCUGGUCCCAGCUCUGCCUCCACCGGGUGGCGACCGGGGCGCUCGGAGGCCCGGACGCCGGCGCGCAGUGCAGCGACGCCUACCGCACGGCCCUGGCCCCGCACCACCCCUGGCUCAUCCGUCAUGCUGCCCGCCUCGCCUUCCUCGCCUUCCCCGGUCGCGGCCGCCUGCUCGAGCUGUCGUGUCCAGGAACCACGGAGGCGGAGGCGCGGACCGCGCUGGCCCAGGCCGCCGGCACCCUGGAGGAUGUCUACAACCGCACCCAGGGCAUGCUGGCCGAGCUCGGCCUGCUGCAGCUGGCCUGAGGAGGACGGCUGCAGGGGACCGGCCGGGAAGGGAGCGCCCAGGGGCAGGGCCAGCGACGCCCAGGCUCCAGGCUGGCGGCCUAGAUAUCCCGCCUCUCUAGUGACGCCACCACGGCUGAGGCCCGCCCCCGGCGGGGCAUGAUCUUGAGUUCCUCCCUCUGUCCUCAGUCUCAGAAAGAUGGGAGGAGCUGUGAGGAAUAAAAAGUGUUAUUUGGCAGCUGUC